AGGAAAUCCAAAAACAUGAAUUAUAUUGAGUAUAGCGUUCCUUCACCAAAUCAAUUCCCAUGUCUUAUCAUUUCUUUUGACAGUGACCUAGUGCACCGCAUUGCUCCAGGUCAGUGGACAGUAAAGUUCGGCAGAGACGUCAAGGGUUUGCCUCACCAAACCACGGGCAAUGACUGUGGUGUCUUCAUACUGAUGUAUGCACUCAACUUCAGCACAGAUGCUCCACUUUGGUUUACCGAGCGGGACAUAGCACAGAUCCGGAAAUGGUGGUGCAUUAUGCUCAUGGAACGGUACCAGAUUGAAGGCCACGGACAGAGGUUUUCUUACUGGACCAAUGAGGCCGAAGAGCUGCUCAAAGGGGCACUGGAGCCAGUGUACAGGGUCUCAAAGAAGCAAAAGACAGAACAUGAGGUCCAGUUUCAAAAGUCCGACAUGUGCUUCAUAUUGGAGCUGCCAAACUGUCUUCUCUCGGACCUUCUGAUGGAAGUGGUUCUCCAGGAAGGUGACAAAGCGUACUCAUCACUCACUCUAGUGUGUACCACCUUCAGAGACACAAUGUCCACUGUGUCUUUCAGAAGAGGGGCCCACUUUCGCUGGCUUGAGAGUGUUGCUACAUGGAGUUUGUUCUCUGCUUCAUACAAGCAGGAUUUCAACGUCAUGUACACCAUUGACACCUGCCGUGGAUGCUUGGAGCCUUACAAAAACUGCAAACCAGGAUAUGUUGGGAAAGGUAAAAGAGGAGAAUUGCAGGGCAUCUACUCUGAUGACCAACAUCCAGGCUAUUGCAGUCCCUUCUGCAACCAGAUAUCAUAGUUUGGUUUUCCCGGACGC